CCUGGUAUAUGUACCGGCGGCUGAGCACGCGUGUGUGCGGACGCCGUUGCGUGAGAGAGUUUUGCUACUCGGCCUUCUUCGGAGUGAAGACUCUUCCUCUCCCGCUCAGCCCUGCAGGUUGCAGUUGACCAAAGAGAUGGUUAUGGAGAAGCCAAGUCCCCUGCUGGUCGGGCGGGAAUUUGUGAGACAGUAUUAUACUCUGCUGAACCAGGCACCAGACAUGCUGCAUAGGUUUUAUGGAAAGAACUCAUCUUAUGUCCAUGGUGGUUUGGAUUCCAAUGGAAAACCAGCUGAUGCUGUCUAUGGACAAAAAGAAAUCCAUCGGAAAGUGAUGUCCCAAAACUUUACAAAUUGUCACACUAAGAUUCGUCACGUGGAUGCUCAUGCUACCCUCAAUGAUGGUGUUGUGGUCCAGGUGAUGGGAUUGCUGUCUAAUAAUAACCAAGCAUUUCGGAGAUUCAUGCAGACAUUUGUACUUGCACCAGAGGGUUCUGUUGCAAACAAAUUCUAUGUUCAUAAUGAUAUCUUCCGAUACCAAGAUGAGGUUUUUGGUGGUUUUGUUACUGAACCCCAAGAAGAAUCUGAGGAAGAAGUAGAUGAACCAGAAGAAAGACAGCAGACUCCUGAGGUAGUUCCCGAUGACUCAGGAACUUUUUAUGACCAGUCUGUCAGCAAUGACUUGGAAGAACACCUAGAGGAGCCUGUUGCUGAGCCGGAGCCAGAGCCAGAACCAGAGCCUGAGCAAGAAGCUGAACCUGAAAUUCAUGAAGAAAAGUCUGAACCAGCUUUGGAAGAGCCUGUUCCUGAGGAUACUCAAAAGAGCUCUUCUCCUGUGCCUGUGGAUUCUGCUCCAGCAGUACAGGAGGACUUGAGAACAUUUUCCUGGGCAUCUGUGACCAGUAAGAACCUUCCACCUAGUGGAGCUGUUCCAGUGUCUGGGAUACCACCUCAUGUUGUUAAAGUACCGGCUUCACAGGCUCGUCCAGAAUCAAAACCGGAAUCUCAGACACCACCACAGAGGCCCCAGAGGGACCAGAGAGUGAGGGAACAACGAACUAAUAUCCCACCCCAAAGGGGACCCAGACCAAUUCGUGAAGGUGGUGAACAGGGUGAUAUGGAUACGAGGAGAAUUGUGAGAUAUCCAGAUAGUCACCAGCUUUUUGUUGGAAAUCUUCCGCAUGAUGUGGACAAAGCAGAACUAAAAGAUUUUUUCCAAAGUUUCUGUGUUUCGUUCAAAGGUUAUGGGAAUGUUGUGGAACUUCGAAUUAAUAGUGGUGGGAAGCUACCCAAUUUUGGUUUUGUGGUGUUUGAUGACCCAGAACCAGUUCAGAAGAUCCUUGGCAGCAGGCCCAUCAUGUUCAGAGGUGAGGUGCGUUUGAAUGUUGAGGAAAAGAAGACACGAGCUGCCAGAGAAGGUGAUCGUCGAGAUAACAGACCACGUGGACCAGGAGGCCCACGCAGUGGGCUAGGUGGUGGAAUAAGAGGACCUCCCCGUGGAGGAAUGUCUCAGAAACCAGGAUUUGGAGCUGGAAGGGGGAUUGGUCAACGUCAAUGAAUUCAGCACACAGAUCUUCACAUGAUGGCACAAACCUUUGCUCCUGCAGCAUUGUGAAUUUCAGCCUUGGGUAUCUUGGAAUGUGACCCUAGCCUGUUAUAUAGACUGCCUACGUUUGAUUCAAUUUUCAGGCCCUUUUUUUUUUUGUGUGUUAAUGGUUUUUUUGUGUGUGUGUGCUGUUUUCAUUUCCCGCUGCCCCUCUAAGUCCUUGUCCCCAAUUCCAGUUUUGUGGAACAAUAUUUUAGGAAAAGUCAAUUUUAAAAGAAGAAAAAAUCCUGAAAUUCCUUGCUCACCUCAAAUAUACGGACUAGAUUUUUUUCUUCUUCUUUUUUUUUUUUUACAACAGCGGUUUUAUCCCAAAGGACUAUAUAGUUUGCUUUAUAACUGAUAUUGGAAUAAUUUUCUUUUUCCUUUUCCACGUGUUCCAAGAAUCUGUCAGAAACCCAGGAUUUGACAAACUUUUUGAGGGCAGGAAAAAACCCCAGUUUAUUGACAGCCUUGACUACUCUCUGGUUUGGAGUUAUUGCCACUGGAAAAAUUGACAGUCACACUUUUCUCUGUGGCAUGGUUAAAAAAUGGAAUAAAGGGUAUUCACAGAACUUUUUUUUGCUUUUGAUACGUGAUCACACAAAAAUGAAUUCUAAACUACUGUUUUUACCACUUGGAAUUUUGGAUUGUGGGAUAGGUUUUAAAUGUGUAGAAUUCAACUCUUUAAAACGCUUUUCCUGAAUUUGUGGAAAAAUUUUUUUAUUGAAGUAGGGAGUUUUUUUUCAUGUUUUAGUUUGUAUUUGUAAAAAAACAAAACAAAACAAAAAAACAGCAAAAUUGUUGUGCCUUCUAUUUAUCUCUCAUUCCAGUUUUGGCAAAUUGUUUAAAAAUAAAUAAAAAAUAAAAACAUCUAGAUUUGCUUUGCAGGUUCAGAGUAUGUGGGAAUUUUUCCCUGACAUGUUUGUUACAUUCUUUUCACCUUAAAACAUCAUCUACAUUAUAAUAUUUUAUCAAGUGUUCUCACUUAACUACUGGGUCCUUAACGGUAUACAGAAGAACAAUUUAAACUGGAAUGCUUUUGAGGCACUCUUGAUUGGAAGAGAGAUGAUUUUUAUCUUUAGGCCUAAAAUUAGUCAUCUUAUCAAUUAGUCAUGACCAAUAUCUGGUCCAUAGUUACAGCAUAUUAGAAGGAAUUUGAAAACCUUGUGCUGGAGUUCUGGCUAGCCAUCACAGAAAUUCAUAGCUGCCUGAUGCAUUUGUCUUAAGCGAUUCUUUUAUUAGUGUGUAGGUAUUAUUUUCAAAGUGUGAAUUCUUUAAAAAGUUUUAGGAUGGAAGGUUCAUUUAAGAACUAAUUGUGUAUUGUGAUAUAGUUGGUGUAGGGAGGUUUAUGUAGGAUUUUAUUUACAUGCUUGUGAAACCUAGCUUUGAUUUCUCUCUGUUAUUUGCCCAUACAGCAAAGCUAUUUUCAAUCCUAAAUAGUUUUCAGGGGAUCUUUUUUAGGGGGAGGGGAAUCUACAUAUUUUCCUACCUUGUAAGGGGAUUGGAAAAGUUCACUUUAUUUUGAAACUAUUAGAUUGUGUUAUAAAUUGGUUGUUGGUAUACAGUUUGUAUUUGGAAAUUUGGUUGAACAAUCAUAUCCAAAGAGUAGUGGUUAAUUGAUUGAACUCUAAGUGGAAAGGGGAGCUCUCCAAUCUCCUCAGGAGAUUGUUUUGUCAUCCCCCGUUUUCAUUAUUAACUUAGAUAAAAGGCAGAAAUACUUAUAAAAUUUACAGAUGACAUGAAGCUUAAGUGCGGAAAGAUCUUUGCAGACCAGAAUGAUGGGACUGAAUCUGUUAAGAUAAAUUCAGAAUCUCACGUGUUUAAAAAACAUGAAAUAGGUAAACUGUUGCUACUUCUACCUGAAAAAAGUUUUAGUAAAAUCGCAUUAAUAUAGUGUCUAGAAUGAAGGCGCUGUUAACCUUGUCUACUGCCUUUUUCAAACCUUUUCUCUUCUAGGCACUGUAUUUAAGGAAGGAUAUUGACUAGCUAAAACAUGUCCAAAGAAGGCCAACAAAUUAAAGGGCCUGGGAGCAGCUAUCAGGAAAGGAAGGGAGGAUACAGGGAGGAUUUGAUUAUGAAGCUAAAUAAUUUCACAAUGCUAGUAAAGGAAUGAAAACUGUUCAAGAAUUAGUGAAAUCAACUAUAAGGAAUUGAUAAGCUAAAUGUUUAUGUAUUUGCACUUGAAAAUUGAAACUAUUUUGGGUUAUAGAGAUGACAGGUACAUUAGAUAUGUUCAAACCCUGUUAGGGUUUUUCACUGUACUUUUUUCCCCUUAGGCUAAUAGUCUUAGUAUUUCAUACAACAUACAGUGCAGCAAAUAUAUGACAUUUGUUGAAUUACUAUUUGAAUAUAAAUUAAAGCUUGAUAUCAGUGGAUAAUUCAUAAUCCCAGAAUCCA